AUGACAACAACUCUUCCGCCCGUGGCAAUCCCAGGCCAAUGCCUGGGAUCCGUUGCCAUGUAUUCUGCAGGACCCGGUACACACAUCCAACAAUCCAACAUCUACGCCUCCAUCGCCGGUCCCGUCGUCGCGGAUCCUGCCCAACCUAAGACAGGGACCAAGUCAACUCUUCGAGUCUCACGGGUCGUCCCAGCCACAGUUCGAGCUGCCUCAGCCCCAAAUCAAAAGCAACGAUACAAUACCCUACCAGCUGUCGACUCGAUUGUUCUGGCCCGUGUCACCCGCGUCCAGAAGCGUCAGGCUACUGUCAGUAUCCUCGUUGUCUUGGAUGACGCCUCGCAGGAUCCCUCGCAGAAUGCUUCAGACAACGACAACGUCGCCUCUAUUUUAACAUCUGCUGCCAAUCCAGAGAACCACAAUAGUACCGAUGAGCUGCGUUUUCAGGCUUUGAUUCGCAAGGAGGAUGUUCGCGCUGUCGAGAAGGAUCGUGUCGUUAUGGAAGAUAUGUUCCGUGUUGGCGAUAUUGUGCGUGGCUCUGUCAUUUCCCAGGGUGAUCAAAGUUUCUACUACCUCACUACUGCUCGCAACGAUCUGGGUAUUGUCAUGGCCCGCAGUGAUGCAGGAAAUAUGAUGUUCCCUGUGAGCUGGAAGGAGAUGCGUGACCCUGUUACUGGGGCUGGUGAGCCACGAAAGGUUGCGCGCCCUUACUGA